AUGCUUCGAUUCUCUAGCAAUUCACGAGCCCUCUAUGGUCUAUGUAGAUCACUUAGCAAUCAAAUUGGUAAACGAUGCCAAUCUUCAGCAACAACAACAGGAGCAUCGAAUGUUGCUUUCGAAGGGAACGCAUCAAAAAUGUCGUUUAUGAGUGGACAUAUAAAAGGUGCGAUUACUAAUAAAUUAGAAUUCAUUCGUCCAGAAAAUGCAACACCUAUUCCAAUUUAUCAAGUUCUUGACUCUGAUGGAGUUAUUAAAGAUCAAAAUCAUGCACCGGAUUUCACUGAUGAACAUCUGGUUAAAAUGUAUAAAGAUAUGACUCUACUGAAUGUUUUGGAUCGGAUUUUAUAUGAAUCACAACGGCAAGGCCGUAUUUCAUUUUAUAUGACUAAUUUUGGUGAAGAAGCAACACAUAUUGGUAGUGCUGCUGCUCUUAAUCCAAAAGAUCUUGUUUAUGGACAAUAUCGAGAAGCUGGUGUUCUUAUGUAUCGUGGUUUUAAACUAAACGAAUUUAUUGAUCAAUGUUUUGGUAAUGCUCGUGCAUCUUGCAAAGGUAUUCAAAUGCCAGUACAUUAUGGUUCAACUGAUUUAAGUUUUGUUACUAUAUCAUCGACAUUGGCAACACAAAUGCCACAGGCUGUCGGUAGUGCUUAUGCAUACAAAAGAGCUCAAAAUGGUUUAUGUGUUGUUUGUUAUUUUGGAGAAGGUGCUGCAAGUGAAGGCGAUGCUCAUGCUGCUUUAAACUUUUCAGCAACUCUCGAAGUUCCUGUACUCUUUUUCUGCCGUAAUAAUGGUUAUGCUAUAUCAACAACAACAGUUGAUCAAUAUCGAGGUGAUGGCAUUGCUAGUCGAGGACCAGGCUAUGGUAUGGCAACAAUACGUGUUGAUGGAAACGAUCUAUUUGCUGUUUAUAAUGCAACAAAAGCGGCUCGUGAAUUAGCACUCAAUGAAAUGCGACCAGUAUUAAUUGAAGCAAUGACACUAAGAGUCGGCCAUCAUUCAACGUCAGAUGAUAGUUCAGCUUAUCGAUCGGUUGAUGAAGUACGUUCACGUGAUAAAAAAGAUAAUCCAACAUUACGUCUUCGUAAAUUUAUGUCCCAACGUGGCUGUUGGAAUGAAGAAAAAGACGAACAGUGGAUGAAAGAUUCGCAAAAAAUGGUAAUGGAAGCAUUUGCCAAUUGUGAAAAAGUUAAACGAGCUCCUAUAACAACAAUGUUUGAAAAUAUUUUUGAUAAAAUGGAACCACAUUUACAACGACAAAUGAAAGAGAUGAAUGAACACGUGCGUCAAAAUCAUGAUCAUUUUCCAUUAUCAUUAUACGAACAAUCAUCGACAUAA